UACACAAUAGAUUACAGGCGAAGGAGCGCACCCAGAAAAUUCGACGGCAGUUGCACUGCAGUCGCUAUCUGUAUCCCGUGCUCAUUGCUCUCGCUCAACUAAAGCAAGUAUCUUGCUCGCUAAACACACCUCUUGAGCCAUUUGCUCAACCUAAUCUCGCAAAGCGAUAUGGCGCCACUUCUUCCAUACUACCCCAUUCCAUUCAAAACUCUGGAACUUCGGGAGAGAACAAUUUCAUUUAAUGGCGUACACAUCCUUUACACGAUGGGGAGGACAGAGAGGUUAAACGACCGCUCCGUGAACGGGUUUGAUGGUUUCAGCUUUCGCACAUUUGCAAUCACUCGAACUAUAGAGGACAGGUUUUGCGUAGUAGCUAUGCAAAAUGAUGUAUUUGCCAGCACCGAAUUGCUUGAAGGAGUUCCUCGGUAUUAUAACAAGACAUAUGGUGCCAAAUAUGCUUCCUCCAAAAAUUACCCGGAAGGCACCGCAACAACUGACGAAUAUUUCUCUUUGGCACUGAGAUUCGGAACCACAAGUUCUAGCCAUAUUUGGAACUAUUUCUUCGAAACGAAUAUCGGUGGUGUUGAUAUGGAUUACACUGAUGCAAAGAUCUGGGUUUAUGUUCCAAAGGACAAGUACAUCCUGACAUCAGUUCACUUUUACGAUCAAAGUGGACAAGAUCCCCACAAUAAACACCGCUUUGAGUCUUUGGCGAAACAACUGGUAGAGCUCAGCCCGGGUACCAACACUCUCUGCGUCGGCGUUUACACCGGAAAUGACCCCAUACGGGUAGUCAAGAGCACAAACAACGAAAAUCUCGGGAAGCCCCCGAGUUCGCACGUCACAAUCACAAUACAGGUGACCAUUAGGAGGGUCAUCUUCGUCACCAACUACGACACGGUGAUUUGGAUAGAGGAUUCUAGCGGCAGCAUGCCUGAAUUUUCAAACAACUUCAUAUUGAAACGGAUCGUGCACGAGACACCCUACUGACAUAAAUGCUUGAAGGUUUCUUCAAUGGAGUUACUAGCAGCUCAGAUACUUUCAAUAAACACUUCAUUGCACGUCAAUAUGCAUUUCCUACCCCUACACCAAUAUAAUAAACUUGUAUGAACGACCUGAAA